AUGCAGAUUGUAUUGAAAGACUUUAAGAAACUGAAGAUCCCCAUCGAUGCAGAACCUUCCGAAACCGUGUUGAACGUCAAGGAAAAGCUCGGGGCUGAAAAGGAUUGUGAGCCAUCUCAAUUGAAGCUUGUUUAUUCUGGUAAGGUGUUACAAGACGAAAAGACUUUGGAAGAGAUCAAAAUUAAAGAGAAUGAUUCCAUUAUCUUUAUGAUCUCAAAGAAGAAGACCCCCGUGCCAGCUCCGGUGCCAGCUGCUGCUCCAGCUGCUGCUGCUUCCGAAUCUGGCUCCGGUUCUGCUCCAGCUCCAGCUUCUAGCACUCCUCCUGCGGCAACGGAGUCUGGUCCUUCAGAAUCUUCCGAAGCAGGCUCUGCGUUCACCCAAGGCGAUGAAAGAGAAGCAACCAUCACAAACAUCAUGGAAAUGGGCUACACAAGACCUCAAGUCCUUGAAGCCUUGAGAGCGGCUUUCAACAACCCUCACCGUGCGGUUGAAUACUUGUUAACGGGUAUUCCUCAGUCCUUGCAACGUCCAUCACCUCCUGUCCCAGCCGAAGCUGCUGAAGGUGGAGCUGAUUCCGGUGCUGAAACAGGAGCUACUGAAGCAAAUGACACCACCACCGCCAACGAAGACGAUGAAGACCAUGUGGGGGAGAACUUGUUUGAAGCUGCAGCUGCCGCAGCUGCUGCUGAAGAGGCCCAUCAAAAUGAACCCAGUGGUGUUGUAGCCCCAGAGUCACAAGAGGAGCAGUUGGCAUUACUUAGAGAGGCCAUUCAAUCCAAUCCGGAAUGGAUCGCACCUCUUUUAGAGAGACUUGCUGCCACUAACCCUGCCAUUGCUCAGGCUAUCCAACAAGAUCCAGAUAGAUUUAUUAAUGAGUUCCUCUCUGGUGAAGAUUAUGAAUAUGAAGAAGGAGCAAUCGAAGGAGCCGAAGAAGGUGGUGAAGGCCAUGAAGGAAGUGGAGGUCAUAUCACUGUUAAUUUGACUGAACUGGAAGAAAACGCUGUUAUCAGAUUAUGCGAGUUGGGGUUCGAGCGUACCAUGGUAGUUCAGGUAUACUUGGCCUGUGAUAAGAAUGAAGAGGUGGCUGCCGAUAUCUUGUUUAGAGACAAGUAUGGCUAA